AGAAAGAAAAAGAUAGAAAGGCACAGCUGAACUGGAUUCACAGUAGCACAAAACUGUAAUAAUCACACAACAACAACAACAAACGAUAAACCCAAAAAAAAAAAAAAAAAAAAAAUCCCCCCUAAAAAAAGGCACAAAAUUUACAGAAGAAGUGUUGUGUUGUGUAGUAGUAGAGCAGAACAAAACCUGAAAGAGAAUGAAGGCGUGUUAAGGAGGAAACCAACAGAAAUUCCAAAAAAAAAUCAAAUAAUAAGAAUUGGGUUUUUGUUAAUUUUGUCCCCAAUUUUCUCUCUCUAAAAAAUUCGAGCACAAUUCUUCAAGGUUGUAGAGAGAGAAAGUGAGAAUUUUGGGGUGUUUGAAGCUUCGUCUGAUCUAAAGUUAAAUUUUGUGUUUUCUGGGUUUGAAGCAGAUCCAAGUGUUCUUGAUUUGAAUAAGUUUGCAACUUUAUCAAAAUUCUGAAGGGGCUGAAAAGUUUUUGACUUGAAGUAUUUCUGGAAGAAUAUCUAAAUUGGCAUAUUGAGUAGCCGGCAUGGCCCGAACUGAUAUGGAAUUGUAUCAUUGCUCACGCUAGACUGGCUCAGUUCUAACUGACUAAUUGUUAUACGGGGCAAGUUGUUGCUGUGGAGUGGAGUUUGAAGUUUGCUUUGUUGGCGGUUGCUCUAGGGUUGUAUGGAUUGGAUUGUGUGACGUACAGCUAAAAGGGCGAUUAAGGCACUUGGGAUGCCUCCUUCUCCAUCAUUAAGGCGUUCGCCUGUUGGGGAUCCUCGUGGUGAUAGCCAUAAGAGGGGACGCAGUCUUGGGAGUGGGCUAUCAUUUAAAGAAAGAGAUGAUGAUCUUGCUCUAUUCAGUGAAUUGCAGAACAGAGAAAACGAGAGUUUUCUUCUUCAAUCAACGGAUGAUUUUGAAGAUUUAUUAUCAGCUUCAAAAGUGAAGUCUUUCCCAGAUUUAAAGCUCGGAAUCAAUAUACCUGUUCGAGGAGAGAGCAGUGAUCUUCUCAAUGCGGAUGGUGAUAAGAAUGAUUAUGAAUGGUUAUUAACUCCUCCAGACACUCCUCUAUUUCCAUCAUUGGAUGAGGAUCCUGCCCCUGAUAACCUUGUACAUUGUGGUAGAGCUCGAAGUAGGCCCAUCUCCAUUUCAAGAUCAUCUACUAUGGAUAGAAGUCAGAGAAGCAGUAGAGGUAGUCCUAGUCCGCAGCGUUUGAGCCUUUCUCCUAGGUCUAGCACCAGUACAAUUAGGGGAAGGCCGUCUUCAGCUCCUCAUACAAGUCCUGUUCCUGUACGGGCCAACACUCCAUCAAGAAGACCCUCACCUCCUCCAGUCAAGCCUUCAACACCUCCUCCAAGAUCUUUAACACCAACGUCACGGAGGCCAACUGCUGGACCUUCUGGAUCUGUGGCUGCAUCAGGGGCAAGGGGUUCAUCCCCUGUAAGUAAAAGCCGUGGGAAUUCUGCAUCACCAAAAAUUAGGGCAUGGCAGUCGAACAUUCCUGGUUUUUCCUUGGAGGCUCCUCCUAAUCUCCGAACUUCUUUGGCUGAUCGACCUGCAUCAUAUGUUAGGGGAUCUUCGCCAGCAUCUAAGUCAAGCAGAGGUAGGCAAUCAAGGUCUCCAACUGCUUCCAGAAGCAUUGGCUCUUCCCAUAGUCAAGAACGAGACAGACUGAGCUCACACAGUAAAGGUUCUAUGGCAUCCUCUGGUGAUGAUGACACAGAUUCUUUGCAGUCAGCUCCUCUGAGUGUACCUGAGCGCCCUAUGUCAAGAAAGGGAAUCAGUGGCAUUUCUAGUGGCAGACCAUUGGCUUACUCUAAGAAACCCACAAAGACAAUGUCCCCAAGUUCUGCUCCAAAGAGAUCAUUUGAUUCAGCAAUGCGGCAAAUGGACCGAAAAAGUCCUCAGAAUAUGUUCAGGCCACUUCUAUCCAGCGUCCCCAGCACUACCUUCUAUGCUGAAAAAGCCAAUGCUGCCCAUCGCACUAUGAUGUCCAACUCUUCAGUUACCACCAGUAGUAAUGCUAGUUCUGACCUAGCAAUAAGUGGCGCACAUGAUACUGAAGAUGACGGAGCAAGUGAAUAUGCUAGGGCCCCUUUCUCUGAUAUUCAAGAUGAAGUAUUUGCCUUAGAAAAGAUGGAUGCUGGAAAUGAGGACACUGGGCAUGAAGGAAAUGGCACAUUAGCUGAACCUGGAGAACCGGGAAAAAGCUCAUUUGCACCUAAUGCUGGAGAUUCCAAUCAAUCGGGUCUUCAUGGUAGUGCUGUGGAAGCUGUUGCAGUAGAUGAGAUAUAUAAUUCCAUGAAAAUUUAUAACCUUGAAAAUGUGUUGCUCUGUUGUCGAUGUGGCACCCAGUAUCAUCCUGUUGAACUUACAGAAAAGGAAGAUAAUAUGUGUCCUGAUUGCAGACAGAAAGAAGAAUUGUUGAACAACCCUUCCUUGGUUUUCAGAUUAGAGACCACAGAGAAUGCCACAGCUCCUUUGAUGGAUGUCUUUGAGAAAUCUCAUGUAACACAUUCUACCCUUGCUCUAGGUAAUGCUGAUUCAAGGGAUAUUUCACAAGAUCAGUUCAAUCAACCUAGAGGAAACUGUCUGGACAGUUCUCUUUCAAUGUCAGCCGGGGAGGAAAGUGCGCAGAUGCAUCCUGAGCGGCAAAUAAAGGGAGAGCAUACAACUGUUAAUGAUUCAUCUCAGACGGCUAACAGCUUUCAGGAGGUGCAAAAUUUUUGUGAGAAAUCUAACCGGAAUAUCAAUGUGGCUGAAGGUGCUGGGAUUUCAGUUCUUCUAAUGAAUAGAUCCAGUAGCUAUAAAGGGCCUCUGAUUCAUGGCAGGAACUUCAACAGCAGUGCUAUAUCUUAUGAUGAUCUAUCUUAUGCUAGAGACUUGACUAGUUCAAUGAGGAGCUCUAUUGGUCAUGGUAGUAUAUCUGCUACAUCUUCCAUUGAUCUGACCGCAGUUAGACAUGGAGAUAUUGUCCAGAGACAGUUCAGUGGCAAGAGAUCUGAUGCAAGCUCAAAACAUCAGAGCACAGGGUCUUCACUUUCAGGGACUUCCUUUCCAGUUUAUCAAAGUUUAGGACAUUCAACAAGCUCUCGUGAUGGAAGUUGUGAAGGAUCUGUCAGCAACAUGAGGCAUAUUGCUGCAGGAGAUACACCUGGAUCACCUCCUGAUCAAGUACUAGCUUUAGAUAUUAUGGAAAUGCAUGAUGCAGUUCCAUCUGUUUGUAGGGCAGCGGUAUCUGGUGAAGACAACAGUGGCAUCUGUACAAUUUCUGGAGAAACUGAUCUUGAGGCUGACCAAACGGUAAACUCUGAGUUCGAGGGCAAAUCUCGAGUUUCUGCAGGUAUUGAUGAAGGGAAUAUUGUCCAUGAAUUUGAAGAAGACCCAUUGAAAAGUAUAGGAAGUGGCCGAAAUUUUGGGGAGACAACAUUUGUUGAAUCUUCUAUAGAAAAUGAAAAUACAGUGCAAGACAACAAGGUAGAUAACGUGGAAGCCGCAGAAGAUCGUGUUCAAUGUGUUACAUCUACAAUGUCAGAAAUAGAAAUCAAUGAUUCUCAUCCUAGUUCCCCAAAGUCGCAAAUUGAUAUGGUCUCCAAGGAAGAGUUGGAAGAUCAUUCAUCUACAGCACAUCACAAUGAAGAUGCGAAGGUUUCGUCUCUAAAGUCCAAGGAAUCAAAUCAUGCUGAGGGGAUUGCAGAGGAAUCAACUGUGACGGUGGAAGAACAGGGAGGGAGGAGGACAAGAAGUCUGACACUAGAAGAAGCGACAGAUACAAUUCUCUUUUGCAGCUCCAUCGUUCACGAUCUGGCUUAUAAAGCUGCAAGUAUUGCGAUUGAGAAAGAAAAAGAGAAUCUAGAGUUAUUGGAAGGUUCUAGACCAAUGGUCACUAUCCCAGAAAGACGUAGCUCUGACAAAAAGGAUCAUCGCGGAUUUACCAGUGGUAGAACACCUAAAACUCAGAAAGCCAAAAAGGGGCGGGCAUCAGAAGCGGAGGUAAAACCUCCUCUCACCGAAAAUGAAGAGAGGUCAAAUGAACCUGUGGUUCGGAAUGUUGGGCUUCCUAACAAUGCCGAUAGCAUGAAACCUCCUAAAUUGGAAUCCAAGUGCAACUGCACGAUAAUGUGAGAUUGAUGUUCAUCGUAUAGGAUUUUUCGGAAACUUUUAGUUACGUUUUGUUUUUUGUUGGGGGGGCUUGUUAGAUAAUUGCAAAAUUUUCGCUUCCAAAUUAUUUGUAACAGAGUACCACGCUUGUGUGGGGGGUGCAUAAUCUUGUAAAGUUUCUUGUCAAAUUAGGCUGAUGUUAUUAGAGAGAGGUAAUUAAUGUAUGUUCUUGCUCCAUUUACCACAUGAUUGCUUUAGUCAGAUUCAAUUAUUUUUCAGGUUUGAUUAGAAGAUGUUUGACAUAUUUGUUUCAUUUGAUUCAUCAGCAAAGAGCUGGAAUAAAAAUUUUAGGUUUUUCUUGGCUUGUCAA